GGAGAGGAGGGACAAUAAUGUCGCGCGCGUCCAUCCGCAUCCACGGCGAUGCGACCGCGAUGGCGCUCCUCGGCGGCCAAGCCCUGGACAACGGGAAGUCGUACAACAUGGAGAAGGUCCUGCGCACGAACAUCCUCGCGUCGGAUUACUUCUCGCAGCUCGUCAAGAUGAACGAUUUCUACGAGCUCGUGGACGAGAUCUACAACGAGGUGGAUCACGUCGAGCCGUGGAUGAGCGGCAACGCGCGCGGGCCGUCCACCGCGUUUUGCCUCCUCUACCGCCUAUUCACGAUGGAGAUCGAGGACAACGAGGUGAAGCACCUGAUCAACCACGGGGACUCGCCGUACAUUCGCGCGCUCGGAUUCUUGUACGUGAGGUACGCGCGCGAUCCGAAAGAGUUCGGCCGCUGGUUCGACGAGUUCUUGAGGGACGAGGAGGAGUUCUCUCCGUCGCCGCACGGAAAGAGCGUCACGAUGGGCGCGUUCGUCCGAGAUUUGAUCCUGGACCAGUACUACUUCGAGACCAUCUUCCCAAGGAUACCGGAGGUUUCGCGCCGAGCGCUCGUGGAGCGCAUCAAAAAGUUUGGCUUCUCGGACAAAGCCGCGGGAUGCGGCGGCGCGGGCGGUCAACGCCGAGGCGGCGGCCCGAGCUCAGGCGGCGCGCGCCCGAUGUCCGUGAAAGCGGCGCUGUCGGUCAACAUGGGACAGCGCGCGCCGCACGUGCAGGCGGCGAUGGAGCGAGGCCGCGGGGUAGACCCGACGACGACAGUCGCCGCGGGCGCCGCGAGCAAGGACCGCGACAGGGACCGCGACAGAGACAGAGACAGGGACCGCGGCAGAGACAGAGACAGGGAGAGAGAUCGCGACAGGGACAGGGACCGUCGUCGCGAAAGAGAUCGGAGCCGCGAAAGAGAUCGGAGCCGCGACCGCGACCCGGGGAGGUACGGUAAACUAUACGGGAAGGACUCGGGGAAGAACGGCGGCGGCGGCGGCGGGAGGGACCGGAGCAGGGACCGGGGGAAACCGUACGAUCGCCCGCGCGACCGAAGCCGCGACAGGUACCGAGGCGACCGGUCGCGCUCGCGCUCGAGGGAUCGCAGAUGAACGACGCGCUCGGGCUACGUAGAAUCCUAACGUAUGGACCGCGUAUCCCAACUCAUAAAUC